AAAUUUAACUUUUAAACCCUUUCCCUUUCACCUUCUUCAUAUAUAAAUCACUCUCUCAUCACAUUCUCAUUUCUCACAAUCAAAUUCUCCCAAGGCUUUCACCACACAAAACCAUCAUAUACCUCACAAAUUCACACUGCAAAAUCCAAGCAUUGAAACUCCAUUGGAUUCUGAUUCCCGCUCGCUCUCUCUCCCUUUUCUUUUUGUAAAGAUUUCUUUUUCUUGAAAUGAGUAGCUUAAAAUUUAAGUGCUUUUUCAUCCGAUUCUGUUUUUGAUUUUAUCGGAUAAAUAAGCUGUUUUGAUCAAACCCAGAUUAAAAUUUUGGUCUUUCUUUUAUAUUCUGACCAAAUCUGAAUCUGGGUUGUUAAAUUACUUCACUUUGAUUUGAAAAGUUGUUUUUUUUUUUACUUAAAAAAAAUCACUUUUUUUGCUUUCUGUUUUUGAGAGAGCGAGCGGAAGAAAAUGGCCAAGAACAGUGGAAAAUUCAACAGGGAUUUCGGUGAUGAAACUCAGAAUUACAACAAGUUUACACAAAUGGGUGAAAGCCAGGUUAAUUGGGAGAAUGAAAAAGGAAAAAGUGUUGAAUUAAGCGCUUCUCAAAAGCAUCACUGGAAGCCCGUUUUUGAUGAAGCUUCCGUUUCACAUAAUAGACCUUUCAAGAAAAGCAAAAGCCCUGAACGUGAAAGUCAUAAUCAAAAUCAAAAUCAGUUUUCACCUUUCUCUCUUCCUUCUUCAGCUUCUUCUUCUUCUUCAAGGCUUGUUUUUCCCUUUGCUUUUGAUAAUAAUAACUCUCAGUCUCACCAAUUUGGAACCAACAACAAUUUACCUUUUCACCCUCCAACACCUCAACCUAUUCACACAACACAAAUCCAACAACAGCACCAACAGAUGAUAUCUUUUGAGUCACAAUCACAAUCACAAACACAACAUCAGAACAAUAUUGUUUCGUAUCCGCCACCGAUUUUGUCUCAACAGCAUCAUCAACAGCUUCUUCACUAUUGGAGUGAUGCAUUGAAUCUUAGUCCAAGAGGAAGAAUGUUGAUGAUGAUGAACAACAAUAACAAUAGGUACUUGGGAGGGCAAUAUGGUAAUAGUGCUAGUGGAGCAAUGUUUAGGCCUCAAGUUCAACCUAUAAGCACAACAAAACUCUAUAGAGGAGUUAGACAACGCCAUUGGGGAAAAUGGGUUGCUGAAAUUCGUCUACCGCGUAAUCGAACUCGUCUUUGGUUAGGCACAUUUGAUACUGCAGAAGAUGCUGCUUUAGCCUAUGAUCGCGAAGCAUUCAAGUUACGAGGAGAGAAUGCACGGCUCAAUUUUCCCGAACUUUUUCUCAACAAAGAUAAAGAUAAAGAAAAAGAAAAAGAAAAAGAAGAAGAAGCACAAGAAGAAGAAGAAGCGCAUUCAUCGCCACCUCCAACAACAUCAACAACAACAGAUUCAUCUGUUUCUUGUCCUUCAAGUAACACCGUUACAAAGCAGCCUGAACCUCCGUCAAUGCAGACACUUCAAAUGGAAGAGUCUAAUGAGAAUGACUCCGGAAUUGGAUCGAGUGACGCGAGUCACGCGACAGUGAGCGAAGGGGUAGAAGGAGUUUCAGUUUCACAGUCACAGGAACUGGUUUGGAGUGAAAUGUCAGCAUGGUUUAAUGCUAUCCCAGCUGGUUGGGGACCAGGUAGUCCUGUUUGGGAUGAUUUGGAUACAAACAACAAUCUUAAUCUUUUUUCGCAAUCACAAAUUCCAUUUUCCAAUCUCAACCAACAAUCAGAAUUCAAUGAUUUUGAUCCACAGAUGGGGUCAAGUUCUUUCAUUAGGCCUUUCUACUGGAACAAUGAUCAGAAUUAAUCUCGAAGUUUCUUUCGUCCACGAUCAUCGGUUGCUGAUAUUUUUACCAGACAACCUUUGAGCUUUCAAUAAUGACCAUGUUUGAAGUUGUGGUGGAUUCUUUCCUUCAACUAGGCUCAAUGUAUUUCUGAGCCUUUCAGCUUCAGGGUCAUAUACCUUAUAGUGUUACUUUUGUUCAUUUAACUUUUUACAAUUUUACUGUUCUUAACUUUAAGUAGCAUAAUUAUUAGCAUGAGUAGGGAAGAAGGAAACAGUUUUUGUGAUUUCCUUCUUGAUUCCAUCCCUUAUGAGCUAUGUUUUUGAGCUUCAAGGAUGGAUUUUUAUAUGUAUACUAUAUAUUACAGCAUUUGUAGUUUGUGAA